AUGCCGCUGAUAAUCCUUUUGGUUGUUGCGGCCAAGUGCAUGGACGUGGAUCUCAGACUCCUCUUUUCGUAUCUCCUUCCUCCUGCUGUACUAUCAUACAGAAGAAAAUCCUCCAAUGCCGAAUUUCCGCCGGGAAAAACAGGAUGGCCGAUCAUCGGAGAAACAUGGGACUUUGUGAGAGAUGGCAGGAGUGGAACACCUGAGAAAUUCGUAAAUGAUAGAAUGAGUAAAUACUCGACGGAUGUCUUUCAUACAUCCCUUCUUGGAGAUAAUUUGGCUAUGUUCUGUGGUGCCUCAGGCAACAAGUUUUUAUUCUCGAGCGAAAACAAGUAUGUCACCACCUGGUGGCCUCGCCCAAUACAGAGAAUAUUGUCUUUUCCUGAGGAAAUUGUUACCUCUUCCAAAGAUGAUAGUACCAUAUUGCGCAGAUUUCUUCCUGAAAUUCUCAAGCCAGAAGCUCUGAAAUAUUACAUUCCUGUUAUGGAUUCAAUGGCUAAAGAUCAUUUGGAGGCAGAUUGGUCCCCAUACAAACAAGUAAGGGUGUUGCCAUUGUCCAAAAAAUACACUUUCGCACUGGCUUGUAGAUUGUUUAUGAACAUCAAGGAUCCUGCUCAUGUUAGCAGGCUUGAAAAUCACUUCAAUCUUGUCACUAACGGCCUUGUGUCAGUACCUAUAAAUUUUCCCGGUACAACCUAUUACCGUGCAGUCAAAGGAGGCAAAAUCAUUCGCGAGGAGCUUCUAGCCAUCAUGAAGCAGAGGAAAGGGGAGCUAGCAUCGGAGAAUUAUGAAGAAGGUGCUGAAGCUACUGAUCUAUUGACCCUGAUGCUUCUUGCAUCGGACGAUAAUGGGCAACCUUUAAAUGAAAGGGAUAUUGCAUACAAGGUUUUGGGUUUACUCGUCGCAGGCCAUGAUACAACCAGUAGUGCAAUCACAAUGGUCAUGUACUAUCUUGCUGAGUAUCCCCAUAUCUAUCAGAGGGUUUUGGAAGGUAAAUAUCCUUAA